CAGGUGCAUUUACUACCUCUGUUAUUCCAAGAUGGCGUCCAAGAGAAGACUAGAUGGUGGAGAUGCUUCUAUGGCAAUAGUACCUCAUACUAAAAAACAGAAACAAAACCAGAUAGCUUUAUCUGAUAAAGGAAAUGCUCUUCAAGCGUUACCACAGAGAACAUCUGCACUGCAGGCCCCAAUAAUGCUCCUAACGGGACAAGAGGGAGAAAUAUGUUCAGCAAGAUUUCAUCCUUCAGGAGAAACUUUAGCUUCUGUUGGCUUUGAUAGACUAGUUUAUUUAUGGAAUGUUUAUGAUGAAUGUGACAACUUUGCUGUUCUCAAAGGACACUCUGGUGCCAUCAUGGAUGUACAUUUUUCUACUGAUGGAGACACAAUCUUCACAGCUUCUACAGACAAAACUCUUGCCAUGUGGGACUAUGAAACAGGUUCAAGAAUCAAAAAGCUAAAAGGACACACAUCAUUUGUAAACUCCUGUUGCCCUUCUCGUCGUGGAAUGCAGUAUAUUGUUAGUGGCUCAGAUGACUGUACCAUUAAACUGUGGGACACAAGAAAAAGAGGCUGUGUGCAAACCUUUCAAAACGCUUACCAGGUAACUGCAGUGGCUUUCAGUGAUACAAGUGACCAGAUAUUUUCAGGUGGAAUUGAUGAUCAAAUUAAGGUUUGGGACUUGAGAAAGAAUGAUAUCUUGUAUACAAUGUCAGGACACACGGACACAGUAUCUGGUCUAAGGUUGAGUCCUGAUGGCUCAUUCCUUCUGUCAAACUCUAUGGACAACACAGUUCGCAUGUGGGAUGUUCGAGCAUUUGCUCCAAUGGAAAGGUGUCUCAAGGUGUUUCUAGGUGCUCAACAUAGUUUUGAAAAGAACUUGAUCAAAUGUGGCUGGUCACCUGAUGGACUAAUGAUAGCAUCAGGAUCUGCAGACAGGUGUGUUUAUGUAUGGGAUACAAACUCCAGAAGAAUCCUUUAUAAGCUUCCAGGACACAAUGGAUCUGUCAAUGAUGUGGAUUUUCACCCUACUGAACCGAUCUUGUUGUCUUGUGGAAGUGAUAAGAAGAUAUACCUCGGUGAACUACAAGGAUAACACUGACAGCCUGUCUAUUGGAUGACGCAAGUCUUUUGGUAACAUGGAACGUUCCUAGAUACUCGUAAAAUAACUUACUACUUGCCUUCCUGUCCCCCUAUCCUACCCCUCCCCCCCAAAAAACACUACUAAACAAAAUGGUACAUACAUUUCAAGGAUAUACAUACUUGUCUUAUGUGCAUCCAAGAUCAGACUCUAAAUAUAUCCUUAACACUUACCAUCCUGUCCCACCCCUCCCACUCCCCUCCCCCAAAAAAACACACACAACUAAACAUACACAUAUCCUUAUGAACAAAAAAGCAUUUCACUUUCAAAGUGGGUUCACUCCAAAAAACAUCUUUAGGGGAUCAAUACUUUUUCUCUUUGAGACUACGGAUCACUGGAUAGAUACUCUUGACUUCUUAGUAUGAGAAUAUGAGCUCUCAAAGUGAAGCCUACACUGUACCUGCAUGCUCAAUUUUUGAACAAGAAAUGGGCUUACUUCCAGGAACUUCAGCCAUCAUAGUACUUUUAUCUUUUUGUAAAUAAACUAAGACUUUUUAAUAGUCAAA